AGCCGUUUGUGGCUCAGGCGGUCGGUAUCCGCCUCCGCGCCCGACAACAAUUCGGCACGCGCUUGCAUAUGGAAAGCAGGUAACGGUAUACUCCCAGUCCCCAGCAGUGCUAAUGGUGUCUUGCCAGGUCGCCUUGGCUGUUUCGGUCUCCGGUGGACUUUAUUUUGAUGGGCAUUAAUGUCCGUGGCGCGAGCCACGCGCCGGAUCGCUGUGCUGCCAGUGGUGCUCCGCAGGCUCGGGGCGAGCCCCUGCGACCGGCCCUGCCGAGAGAGGCCUUGCAGAGCCUGGCCUUUGACGUUCAGGCGCUGCAGCUCGGCUUCCACGCGACGGAGGGCUUCGUCUGGGCAGAGGGCACGGAGCCCCGCCACCUCUGGGCAGAGGGCUCGGGCCGCACGCCCAUGCCGACGAGCGCUCCCCGGACGAGGGCCCCGACGGACGCGCCCACGCCUGAGCCGACGAGCCAACCCCGGACACGGAUGCCGACAUCAGCGCCGACGCCCGCACCUCCGCCUCCUCCCCCAAGGACUCCAGCUCCCACGGACGCACCGACGCCCAUGCCCACCGCCACCCCCCGCACGCGCAUGCCGACGCCGGGGCCGACGCCAGCUCCGACGGCAUCUCCAACGCCGACGCCUACGGCAGCACCAACGUCCGACGAGCCAACCGCCCGCCCGACCCCAGCCCCGACGGCAGCACCCACACCGCUGCCCACGACGCCGCGGCCGACGCCAGCUCAGACCGCCGCCAUCGACACCCCUGUGGCGUCUCCGUCGGCAUUCCCUUCGACGCCGUUCCCGCGGGGGGACCACGCGAGCUCGCAGAACGACCCGCACGUUUGCGCCCUGAGCGGCGAGUGCUUCGACAUCCGGGCACCUUCCGCGUACACGCUGCUCCGUGUGCCAGCCGACGCGGAGGCCCCGGACAUGCUCCGGUUGAGCGCCGACCUGGGCACCGACGGCGUGCGACCGUGCGGGCUGUUCAUCAAGGGCCUCGCGCUGAGCGGCUCCUGGCUCGGCGAGCAGGUCGUUCGCGUCCGCCCCUACACGCGCGAUGCCAGCGGCUCCAACUCGGCGGGUACCGCGGUGAGGACGAACUUCUCGCUGCAGGUGGGCGACUCGCCCUGGAGGUCCUUCACGCGCGAGGACUCCGGCAGGCAGCUCGCCGUCGCCGGCCGGGUCGCGAUGCGCUUCGCGUGGCGGGAGGAGUACGGCCAGCGCAUCGAGGCGCAGGCGCUGGAGUUCUCCGUGGGCGGCGAGGGCGGCCGGUCUGCGCUGCUCUCCGUCGCGCAGGCCUCGCACCAGGCCCUGAACCUCGACGUGUGGGGCCUGGGCCACCUGGGCCACGCCAGGAUCGCCGGCGCUCUCGGCACCGAGGGGCACCCGGCCUCGGUGGAGGAGCCCACCCACGAGUGCAGGUUGUCGCGCCGAUCCGCCGAUCCCGACGCCGCAGCGGGACAGAGGCGUCGGACCCCGGAGGAGCGCGCCUCCACGCUGAAGGUGUCCUGGCAGUGACGGUGCCAUCAGUGGCAGCCCCCCCCCCGACGUUUCCCCUCACAUCUGCGCGCCCUCGUCGGUGUUUGACCACGGGGCUUCGCGUCCGCGCCGUCGCUGAUGCAUACUGAUCGGAGGCGCCUCCAGCGAACCACCGUCUCCCCCUGCCCUUGUGUGGAUCUGCCCGUACGGCCACACGUGGUGCGUCGGGCCGAAGGCUUGGCAGGCUAUGGGACCUUGCGAGCGAACUUCGGAAACACAGGUUUUUCAAGUGCAGACACGGCGAAGCGGUCAUGAUCCGCAUGGUCAGUUUCGUUUGUCUCCUCCCCCCCUCCCCAGAUCCUGGACGGUUUUUGGGGGUAUGAUCCACUGCUGUUGAAGUCGCCUUUAGUGUCUUGCUUGCAGUGCUGUUGUGACUCUCUUGGCGAUUGCCUCGCUUGAUGCUGCGCGCACUGUGUAGGACAUGGUGACGAGGAAGUCGGCGCAUUCUUUCGGCGCGUUCCACCAGCUUGCGGCGGUCCCGUUUUGCAGCCGGACGGCAAUUUCAGAAGUUGUCGCCGCGCCAGCGCACCAGAGCGAGCGAAGAUUGAUUGCUUGUCUCCUUGAGCGCUCCCCAAUA